GUGUGUGUGUGUGUGUGUGUGUGUGUGUGUGUGUGUGUGUGUGUGUGUGUGUGUGUGUGUACAUACAUACAUAUAUGUAUAGCUUUACAAUUUUCCAUGUGUAUAUACUUUUAUACAAAUUCAAGACUUUUUCAGAUACAAGAGUGCGUCAUGUGGGUAAAUCAGCGAAGGUAAGUUUACAAGCAAAUGAAUCUUCCCUCAUAACUUACCAUGAAAUAAAAACACCUAUUUUUUUUUUUUUUUCUCCCUCUCUCUCUUUCUCUCUGCAGAUAUUUCUUCACAUGCUGCGUUUCUGCGAUCACCGUUAUGUACGGACUCAACCUUUAUCUGCAAGAGAAGUCAAUCAGCAAGAGAGCGAGUGCGCAGAACAGAACUAUGGCUUUCAUCCCCACGAGACAUCCAAUGGAAAAUAGUCACAAUAGCAAUACAGUCAAUAAUCUCUUGGAAGAGGACCUUGAUUCAGUCUCCACUUCCUGCACAUGCGGCUUAGCACCCUUGCAGCACGAGGAGCUGUACAGUGAAUACCUUUCUCAACCAGUCUUGUGGUUGAAUCUGAGUACGAGACAAGUGCUAGAGAAGCAGCAUCCGAAUUUUCCCUUAGAACUACUUUCAAAUGUUAACAGAGGCUGGUGUGAUCUUCUACCAUCUCCUAUUGACAUUGAAUGGCACAAUAUAUAUUACCAGUCGUUGAAAGUCUCCGAAAACACUAGUUACCUCCUCUAUUCAGCUUUCCUGGAUAAUCGUAUCCUCACCGACACACGCCCUUGUAUCAGGAUCUUAGCCUACAGCAAAGACACAGAUCCGGCCUCUCCUUGGUGCUAUAUUUGGUUCAACUCUACGGGACCGCCCGUCGUCUCUCGAGUUAUAAGACUAGUUCAAAAGGGAGGAAUUGAAGCCUCACGUAUUAACCAGAAUGGGUUGAAGCAGCUGGUACACCUAGCAAGCGUUGUGCGUGGAUAA